AUGGUUGCCCUGGUCCCUCGUCUCACGGCAGUGGUGGAAGGCGCCGUGGAGUUGCCGUGCAACCUGUCGGUGCCGGCGUCUAACCACGACCGAGACAACGUGACACUAGUGCUGUGGUCCAAGUCUGGGGUUCACGGGCCCCUCUACAGUGUAGACGCUCGCAACUCCCCACUGGAGCGAGCCAAGCACUUUCCGAGCCCUGACCUCGGCGGACGCUACGACUUCAACACAAGCGCCCUGCCGACUGCGCUUCUCCGCAUUGACCCCGUGCGGCCAGAAGACGCCGGGGAGUUCAAGUGUCGUGUGGACUUUCGAUGGGCGAGGACGCACACUUAUGUCGUGUCCUUGGAAGUGAUAGUACCCCCCAAGAAAGCCAUCAUCACUGACGAGUCUGGCAAGGUUCUGCAAGACGUCAUUGGCCCCUACGACGAAGGGGCUCCCCUGAAGUUGGCCUGUGAAACGAGGGGAGGAUCUCCACUACCAGCUGUUACCUGGUGGCGGGAGAUGAACCUUCUCGACGACCAGUACUUCAACACAAGCGAAGGCACCUCGCGCAACGAGCUGCUAAUCCCAAAACUGGAGCGCUCGGAUGCACGCAGUGUGCUCACGUGUCAGGCGUGGAACACCAAUCUGACGCUCCCCGUCUACGCCUCCGUGACCAUCGACAUGAACCUGCGUCCCCUGGACGUGAAGGUGACGAGCGCGCGUGACGUACUCGUGGCGGGUCACCGGGCGGAACUGCGCUGCCAGUCGCGGGGUGCGCAGCCGGCGGCACGCAUCACGUGGUGGAAGGGCGGCCAGCAGCUGGGCCGCACCGUGGAGAAGCUCGAGGGCAACGUCACCUCUAGCACGCUCAUCUUCGUGCCUGGUCCCGAGGACCACGAACGCCUGCUCACCUGCAAGGCAGACAACCCGCAGCUGCCCGACAGCGCCAUCGAGGAUGCCAUAUUCCUGUCUGUCACGUCGAAGCUGUUAGAUGCUAGUUCCCCUAAGAUCGUGUCCGCGUGUAGAAAAGACGCCUGA